AGCAACAAUAAUGGCGUCCAACGCUGUAAAUUUGGCGUCCUGGGAUGUCGAUAAAGUGGAACAUUGGCUUGGCGAGAAUGGCUUUGAUUCAUAUAUCAAUAUGUUCUGUAAAACACACAAAAUCGACGGAAUAUGUCUGCUUAAUUUGACCGAAAGAGACUUAAGAGAGCCGCCAAUGCAAAUAAAAGUUUUAGGAGAUGUCAAACGGAUAUGGAUAGCCAUACUAGAAUUGCGAAAGUCUUGUGGAAAUUCGAAAAACAGUUUAAACUACUCGCGUACAAGUACCCCAGAUGAUUUAAAGUCAGCAACUGAUUUUUCGGAUGGUCGGAUCUUAACAGAUAACUCAGAUUCUGAUACUGAACCGACGGAAAUUUUUGUACGUUUGUCGACUGUUGGUGAUACCGGUCGUACUCUGGCUUCGGUUGCCUAUUGCAUUCUCGUUCUAAUUAUUACCUCAUUAACGAUGACGGUUGUCCAUGAUCGAGUUCCAGAUAUGACUCGUUAUCCACCCUUGCCUGAUAUAUUUUUAGACAACAUGCCUCUUGUUCCAUGGGCAUUCUACAUUUGUGAACUGUCAGCAUCAAUAAUGGGUUUCAUUCUUUUCAUGAUUAUCAUCCUGCAUAAACACAGGUUUAUCCUAAUUAGACGUAUCUGUGCAAUCGUUGGAACAGUGUUUCUACUGCGAUGUGUUACUAUGUUUCUGACCUCAUUAAGUGUACCUGGUGUGCACUUGGAGUGCUCUGGCAAGAUUUAUGGUGAUUGGGAAACAAGAUUCAAACGAGCAUUCACAAUAUUCUUUGGAGGAGGUCUUGCUUUAAAUGGUGUUCGCUCCUGUGGUGAUUAUAUGUACAGUGGCCACACAUGUGCUGUGACUUUGCUCAAUUUUUUUAUUUCUGAAUACACGCCAAGGCGAUGGUCAUUCCUUCACACGAUCUGCUGGUUGCUUAAUAUAUUUGGUAUCUUUUUCAUCCUUGCUGCGCAUGAGCACUACUCCAUCGACGUAUUCAUUGCUUUCUACAUAUCUUCGCGUAUCUUCUUGUACUAUCACGCCUUGGCGAACGCACAGUCGCUUGAUAACCGCGCCCAGCUGCGUACGAGGAUAUGGUUCCCGCUCUUUUAUUUCUUUGAAAACAACUGCAAGUUCAAGGGUCGGGUCCCGAACGAAUAUGAAUGGCCAAUCACGCUGCCGUUUUGGAACAAAAAGGAACAAUAAUAAAAUGGUUGUUUCAUUUUAGCACUUUUCUUAAAAGCACUCAUCUUAUGUAUUUUGCCUGAUUUUUACUAGAGGCUGGCCUGAUCGAUCAUACGUUCAAAACACAUACACACGUACAUGAACGUAGCACCUACCAAGAUCAAUCAUGAAUCAACACUUACAAACGAAUAUAAACAAAGAUAUAUUAGCACCCAGAUGAACCAGAGAGCCCAGAGGGCUUUCUAUUUCGAGACAGUGUGAUCGUACAUUAUUUUAAAUCAUGUAUGGUAUUCCCCCCGUUGGUUGCCGGGCUCAUCACAGUCCACUCCUCCUAUAUAGUCGGGCCCAUCACAGUCAACUCCCCCUAUAGCCGGGCUCCUCAGUCCUCACAGUCGACUCCCCUUAUAUAGUUGGGCCCAUCACAGUCAACUCCCCGUAUAGCCGGGCCCAUCACAGGCAACUCCCCGUAUAGCCGGGCCCAUCACAAACAACUUCCCGUAUAGUCGGGCUCAUCACAAUCAACUUCCCCUAUAGUCGGGCCCAUCACAGUCAACUCCCCGUAUAGCCAGGCUCAUGACAGUCAACUCCCCCUAUAUAGUGUGUAUACAACUUUAUUGCUUUUGUUAAGACAAAUUUUCACACAAAUAUAUACUCAUAUGAUUGGAUCACCCUCCUCUAAUGAAGAUCAGGCUACUAUUCAGAUUUUAAAUUUAGGAACUAAUAAAUAAAUAUAGUAUAAUUGGGUCAUUUGUAGCUAUAUUCGAAAGCUAUCGAAUAUAUGGCAAAGAUCUAUAGGGAAUUUCAAAUUAUAUAAAAUGUAAAAAUUGAUAUAUUAAAUUGAAAAAUUAGAAAGUAUUUAUAAUUAAAACGU